AUGUUCACCCUUUCGUCAAACAUCUCGCCCCGCGCCAGUGGUGUAGUACGCACAAGCAGCGGCUGCGGGCGGCUGCCGUUCAGCACAGGUCACGCGUUGCGUUACGGGGGCGGGCCUCUCUUCAACCUCGGCGGCCUGGGCGCUUCACGAGAGGCCCAGUAUCUCUCCAAGGAGCGCGGCAUCCCGCGCACCGAGUACUCGGCCAACAUCCACCUUAUCCGCUCUAGCGAGGUCGACCCGUUCGCGCCGGCCCCCGGCUCGACCCGCACCGCCGCCGCCAGGGCAGCCGCUCGGGCUCAGGCCGAAGCCCACUCCCAGCUCGCAUCAGCUGCUGUUCCGAAUGGCAGAGCCGCCCCCGAUCCCGCGGCACACGGAGGCCUGGCAGCCAUGGCUGCCCAGCUGCAGGCCCUGAGGGACGAGCUCGCCGAGACCAAGAGGGUCUUGCGGGGGGUGCAGGCCAGACGAGAGAGACCUGGGAAUUCCAUGGCCUCCCAUCUGCUCAGCACCGCCAUCAUACUCACUCUCAUGUUCUUCAUUGGCAAGGACGUAAGCCAGAGGGUCACAGGGCCGUCAAAGCCUGCAGACAGCCUUAUCGAGGCACACCCCCUCGCCGACGCAGUCGACGAAGCAACAGCGCAACGCCAGAGGGAUGCACCCGUCGAGGAACAAGCCCUGGCUGAGUCUGGACUGACAUCUUUCGAAGGCGAGCCUGCCGUGCUGGGAAACUAUCCAAGGAGAUCUGUGCUGAGCGGCCUCUUCUGGGCCAGAACAUGA